AUGGUAAGAUCUAACAUAGAGCAUUACCUAUCGUAUCAUAUAAGGCUAUCGAUACCUAAAAUAUUGUCAAACAAGAGCUCAUGCCGAGUUGGUUACAUAUUUUCUUUAUUGGCUGCAGUGACAUCAGGUUUUGUUACAUUAAUUUCAUUAUUUACAUCUUCAUGGCAAGCUCAACUACAUUACACAUCGAAACAAAUUAACACUAUAGCAAGUGUCAUAACACUUUCCAUGUACUUGUCGCCAUGCAUUCUAGGCGUUAUAGCGGAUCUUCAUGGUCCUAUUACGUUGAAUUUUAUGGCAAUUCUUGGACUGGCACCGUCCUAUUUAUAUUUAUCAUAUGAUUAUAAUUCCAAAAUGUAUCAGGAAGAGGUUAAUAUCCCCAUAUCUUCAAAUUUUAUUCCAAUAUUAGUUUGCUUUGGUACCAUUGGCGUAGCAACAAGUGCAAUGUAUUUUUCUGCAUUGUUGACUUGUGCCAAGUUAUAUCCAAAUAGGAAUUUAUUGUCAAUCAGUUUACCCACAACAUUUUUUGGGUUAUCCUCUUUAGUAGGUUCUCAAAUAUUAAGAUUACGUUGGUUUUGGAAUGAAAAUGAACCAUUAUUGAACUUAUCUAGAGUCUUUAAAUUUUUGGCUGCGAGUUAUGUGGUAGUAGGAUUACUCGCUUGGAUUUCUACAGCUGUGCUAUCGAUGCUACACAAUCAGAAAGAUGAGGAAUAUGGUGAAUUAGAAGCAUUGCUAUCAGUAGAUGAAUCAUAUAAUCACCAAACAGAAAUCAAGAAUAAGCAAAUGCAAUUUUUAAAAGAUCCAAAUACAUAUUACUUCCUAAUUUCAGUAUUUUUGGUUUUAGGACCAUUAGAAACGUUUGUUGCCAAUAUGUACAUGGUUGCUGAUCUUUUAACUUCAAAAAAUUCUUUCUAUAACGAAUCAGGGGCCAUAUUAUCGGUAUAUUCGUUUUUCUCUACAGGAACAAGAAUAAUAGCUGGACUAAUAACGGAAGCAUUGACAAAACGAAACAAGAAUCUUCACAGUACGUUACUAAUUUAUAUUGUUCUGGCAUUAUUUAGUCAACUUUAUAUUUUGAGACUAACAAUUACUUCAAAUGGCAUGAACACCGAAACAGAGCUAUAUGCUAUGUCGUCAUUGUCAGGAAUUUGUAAUGGAGCAUUGUUUACCAUGUAUCCCACACUGUUAUUAAAUAUAUAUGGUAAAGAUUUAUUUGGGACAGUCUAUGGUGUCAUGAUGAUUGGUCCAGCGUUAGGUGCUACUUAUAGCUUCAAAAGAUUUGGGGAAAUUUAUGACUCUAAAUGUUCGAAUACAAGGUCAAAGGCAUCUUGUAUAUCUGAAUUCUAUGGAUAUGUGAACAUUGAAAUUAUCCUUGGAUUUUUGCUAUCCCUAUAUGUUAUUCACAACUGGAAAAAGAGAAGUUCCUGA